UAAAUCCGGCCAAUUUCAAGAUUAGCCCAGUUACUCCUUCUGUAAUCUACGCAACUCAAUAUACGUUCAUUUUUAGAGUCUUUCAGUAAGAUAACGAAGCCAAUGCAAAACAUCGAACGGUUAGAACGACUAUUUUCAUUACGAUGGCGCCCAGUGUAUCCGGUGCCGCGCAAGCUGCGCGAAACAUCAGCCCAAAUGAGGAUCCGAGGAACAGUCUCUACCAGUCUCUGGCGCAAGAUCUGGCGGGGUUCUCUGAGCACAAAAUUCGGACUCAGUUUGUGAUUAAAGUCUUAUCAAUUCUUUCGUGUAUGCUGAUGAUCACGACGAGUGUGGUCAGCAUUAUCACUGUGAGCAAAAGUACACAGUUGUUCCUUCUAGAAAACUGGUGGCUAUCAUUAGUAGCAGGGAUUUUGCUGUUCAGUGUAUCGAUCAUUCUUGGCUGUUCGGAGAAGUUGCGAAAAUCGUUUCCCCUAAACUAUGCACUGUUGCUUGCUUUGACUUUGACACAGUCGAUCCUUCUUUGCUAUGUCGUUGCCGCCUAUGAGACAAACAGCGUGUUCGUUGGUAUCUUCAUUACGUGCAUAGUCACGGGGGCUGUGGCGACAUUGUCUGCUUCCACUACAUAUGAUCUUACCCAGCUAGAGUCUCACCUAGUGGUCGCGGUUGCCGUGCUUGCUGUGGUCCAGCUGGGGGCAUUCGUAUUCGUACCGAGUCUACGGAAGAUAGACACUGUUUUCGGUGGGGUAGCCGCAAUGGUAUUUUGUCUGUACAUUGCUCUAGAUAUUCACCUCUUGUUAGGAAACCAACACAAUCAGCUCUACCCUGAAGAUUACAUUGGGGCUGUGAUCACGCUCUAUAUUGAUGUCAUUAAUCUUUUCAUCAGUCUAUUGCAUCAAUUUGGCAAGCGGAAGGAAUCAAAUGCUAGUUGAAAUUGUAGUGCAAGAAGCAGAUGUAAUAAGGACAUUUUGCUGUACCUUGCCUUUCAAAUUUUACAAAAUAAAUUUCAUGUAAUGACAGUUUGGGUUCGGCUCAUGCCAGCUAUUAUUUUACUUAUUGUUGUAAUAAUUUAACGUAUGGAUGGGUGGGAUUAUACCUAAUUGUAUUGUAAACAAUUUGAAACAAACGCCACUUAUAUCCAGUAGGCGUAGUGGCUUUGAUAUAUCAAUAAUAGUAACUAAUGCUUAAAAAAAUUAGAAGUUAACGCCGAAAUAGUUAUACGGCGCCAUUGAAGCAAAGCUAAGAAGAUCGAUGUAGAAGCACGACAAUCUUGCUUUACCUAGACACCGAUUAAGAAACACUCUACGCUCGACGGCAAGUCGUUGUACUGGGCUUAUAUUGCACACCGUAAAAUUCGCUGUUGCCCAUUUUCUGUCAUUUGUAAAAAAAUACAGUAUGACGGUUGGUAAGCUCUUCGCAUCUGUUUCUUGGCGCAAUCCCUUAGGCGAGCAGGGAAGUUCAAUCUAGUUGCUCAACAGUACAAAUGAAUCACACAACGAAUACUGCGUAUGCUGCCAUGACACCAAAACAAUUCGUCCGUCCUGACAAGCGCAGGCAUUUCUCUCCCUGUGCCCGUAGAACACGGACUUCUGAUUCGCUAUGUGGCUUCAUGCGUAGCGAUGUACAGUCGCGGAUGCAGCCGACGUGGCGCACCAGCCAUCUUUCACGUUAAUCUCUGGGACGUGAGCAGGUCGCAAAUGAGAUCCACAAUUGCACAACACAUACACUCGACGACAUUUUGCCGAGGACGGGCGAGGUUUUCCCUGCAAAUGGUGAAAUUCUUUCGAAGGGAAAACCACGCUAAAUCAUGGGUGCACUGCAGCAAACGAAAGACCGAAGAGAUGGAAGAAUUGGCGGGGACGUUUCAGUUCCCCGGGUGACAGCUAAAGCAGAACGAGUAACGGUCCAGUAAAGGAAACGAACAAGGAGGCUUGCCGAGUAGAUCGUGGGAGAUAUGCGCCGAAUGGCUUGGGAGGGAACAGUGUUUGUUCUAAGUUGUCCCCUUUCCGUCCAGCUGGCAAAAGCUGAAGCCAAAAAGACACUACACAGCUCAAUGCUAAAAAAUAAAUCAUUUUAGCU